GAAGUUGGGAAGAAAACUUGCAAACAACAUUUAUCUAAGAAAAUGUUUCUGCCUCAUGAAUUGAUUAUCGAAAUCUUACUGAGGUUGCCGGUAAAGUCUCUUUUACGUUUCAAGUCUGUUUGUAAGUUAUGGUUUUCUCUCAUCUCUCAUGAUCCUCACUUUGCUAAUUCACAUUUUCAACUUAACUCUACAACACCUAAUCGUAGAAUUCUAUUAAUAUCAUAUAAAACUCAUGAAUCUCUAUCCAUCGAUUUUGAAGCAUCGGUUGGCUAUGACAGCGCUUCUGUUUCACUCAGCCUUGAUUAUAUGUUUCUAGAGGACUUUACAGAUUUUGAAGUUAAAGGGUCAUGUAGAGGUUUCAUACUUAUAUGCAGUUCCUUAAACAUCUAUAUAUGGAAUCCAACCACUGGAGUUCACAAACAAAUACCUUUAUCUCCUUUUGGUUCCAAUGUUGAUUCCAAUUUAGACAAUGAAUAUUUCUAUGGUUUUGGGUACGACCAUUCAACCGAAGAUUACUUGGUUGUUUUAAUGUCCUAUCAUUAUUCGGAUGAUCCUACAUUACACUUGGAGUACUUCUCAUUGAAAGCUAAUACAUGGAAAGAAGUUAAGGGUCCUCACUUCCCUUAUAGCUCCGAGAUUGAGCCCAAAGGUGGUUUGCUCUAUAAGGGAGCUAUUCAUUGGAUGGCUUAUCGUUAUGAUUUACAAACUGAUGUUAUUGUUGCAUUUGAUUUAAUGGAAAAGAAACUUUCAUAUAUGCCUUUGCCACAUGAUCCUUUGCAAUGUGGGGGUUUGUGGGUAUAUGGAGAACAUCUCAGCUUAUAUACUAUGAAUGAUACUGAUGAUACAGUUGAAAUAUGGGUGAUGAAAGAAUACAAAGUGAACUCCUCUUGGACUCUUGUUCUUCCCGUUGAUCUCACUGUUUGCCCAAAUGUGGCCUUUUCUCCAUUGUGCUGUACAAAAAGUGGUGAUAUUAUUGGGGCAGGUGAACGCGAUAGAUUGGUGAAGUAUGAUAAAAAUGGACAAUUUCUAGAGCAACAUUCUUAUCCUAAAUACGAUCUUAUAUGCAAAAUGACUAUGUAUAUAGAUUCUCUGCUUUCACUCCCAAGUGAUGGUGAUAACAAGCAAGCUUGAGAAGAUGACACAAACAAGAAGAAUGAGGUUAUGAAAUAUUCCCCUUCACUAUUUUCUUGAUAUUUAUAAUGAACUAGAUCAUAACUCAUAAUGUAACAAUGGCUAUGUAUGUAUAGUCUUUGCAGUGAAGUGUUUAAGUAGAUGAGGUUCUUCUGAAUCAUAUGUUUGAAUGGUAACAAAUUGACAGUUUUGUUUGUGUGAUUCACUGUUACUGUUAUUUAUGUAUGUAGCUGGAUUUUAUUCUAAUA